AAGUUAUUUUAUUUUGAAAUCAGGAAGAUUGAGGGAAUCCUGGAUUUUUUUGUCCCCCUCAACUUUCCUCUGGAACAUUUGUUCCAUUGUGGACUCAACUGGAGACUAGCAACACAACAUGGGGUCACGGGUGAUGACCAGACCGGAGGAUAUCGCCAAACUCUACCGAGAGCUCAGCCUCUUCCCAUCUCUGAGCAGAGCAGACGUAGGACCUGUCAUCACCUCUCAGUAUGGAGGCAAAUACAGCAACAUCUACACAGAAUGGAGCCAGCGUGAUCUGGAGAGGAACGAGAAUGUCAAGUUUUGCAGACAGUAUAUUGUAUUCCAYGAUGACAAGUCUGUGGUCUUCUCUGGAGCKUCUGGAAACUGCACUGAAAUCAAAGGAGAGGUUCUGAGUAAGGACUCUCCAUCUGGUGAGAUGAAGGCAGUUGUUAGAGAAUGCACAAUCAAAGGAGAAGAGAAGCAGUUUUUGGAGAUCUGGAGUAAAAACAUAAAGAUGAAGAGCAUAAAUCUGACAGCCUUAAAGAAGCACGGCAAAGUCUAUGAAGAUGAGCAGUUUGGCAGCUUGGUUUGGUCUCACUCUGAGACACACCUCCUGUAUGUGGCAGAGAAAAAAAGACCCAAGGCUGAAUCUUACUUCCAGACGGAGUUACCAGAAUUGUCUUCAAUUGAAGACGAAGAGGAGACCAUCAAGGUGGAGAAAAAGGAGACUGCAAAAGGGGAGCAGUUUGCCUACCAUGAGGACUGGGGAGAGGCCUUGGUUAGUAAGAGCCUUCCAGAGCUUUGUGUUUUGGACAUUGAGGGGGACAACGUCUCUGUGUUGGAAGGAGUGCCUGAUGAUAUCUCACCUGGACAGGCAUUUUGGGCUCCAGGUGACACAGGUGUGGUCUUUGUAGGCUGGUGGCACGAGCCCUUCAGACUUGGCCUYMAGYWMWGCCCCAAUCGAAGGUCCUCGUUGUUUUAUGUGGAUCUUACUGGUGGUAAAUGUGAGCAACUUUCAUCAGGCACCAGUGCAGUUUGUUCCCCAAGACUGAGUCCGGACCAGUGCCGGAUUGUCUACCUGGAAUGUUCUGUUUAUGGACCACAUCUGCAGUGCAGCAAACUUUGUAUGUACGACUGGUACACUAAGAAGACCUCAGUAGUGGUGGAUGUUGUUAGUCGACCUAGAGAAGAUGGCUUUACUGGCAUCUACAGUUCUCAGCUGUCACCCCAGUGCUGGUCUGCUGAUAGUCAGCGUAUUAUUGUUGCUUGUCCUCAGCGCAGCCGCAAGGAUCUCUUAGUGGUGGAUAUAAAUACAGGCAGCAUCACCUCUCUGACUGCAAAGUCUGAUAUUGGUAACUGGWGCUUGCUGAACAUAGAGAGAGAUCUGAUGGUGGUCAGCUGCUCYUCUCCCAACUGUCCUCCAUGUCUGAGAGUGGGUUUCCUUCCAGGCAGAGAUUCUCAGGAGGAAGUUGUUUGGGUUACAUUGGAAGACUCUCAGUCAAUGCCAGAAAUUGAUUGGCAGAUCAUGACUUUCACUCCUCCCCCAGAGCAGGAAAACAGUCAAUACCCGGGCCUUGAUUUUGAAGCUUUGCUGAUUAAACCAAAGGAAGUCAAAGACAUGAAGCUGCCUUUAAUUGUCAUCCCACAUGGUGGUCCUCACUCUGGGUUUGUUGCUGAAUGGCUGCUGUCCCCCUCUGUGCUGUGCAAGAUGGGCUUUGCUGUGUUACUGGUGAACUAUCGUGGCUCUCUUGGGUACGGCCAGGACAGCAUCCUCUCCUUGCCAGGCAAUGUUGGCGUCCAGGAUGUCAAAGAUGUUCAGUUUGCUGUUGAAAGUGUUCUGAAAAGCAGUGAGUUUGACACACAGAAGGUGGCAGUUUCUGGUGGAUCACACGGGGGGUUUCUCUCAUGCCAUCUAAUUGGCCAAUACCCAGGGUUCUACAAGGCCUGUGUGGCCCGCAACCCCGUCAUCAAUUUGGCCUCCAUGAUUGGCAGCACAGACAUCCCAGACUGGUGCAUGGUUGAGGCUGGUUACGACUACAGUCCWGACUGUCUUCCUGAUCCUGCUGUUUGGGAGCAGAUGUUAAACAAGUCUCCCAUUAAAUACAUACCUCAGGUUAAAACACCAGUGCUGCUUACUUUAGGGGAAGAUGACAAGCGUGUACCUAACAAGCAAGGAAUUGAGUACUACAAAGCUCUAAAGGCAAGGCAGAUCCCAGUUCGGUUGCUGUGGUACCCAGGAAACAAUCACUCUCUCUCAAAGGUGGAUGCAGAAUCUGACGGAUUCAUGAACAUCGCUUUGUGGAUUAUUCAACACCUGRAUCUGUGAUGGUCAAUUUAACGAAUCRCRUUAGAAGAUCCUGCUUUAUAUGAUUUUUAUUUUCCUGUUUUGUCAUCCAAUCUGAAGCCAAAAUUUUGUAAUUUUUUUAUCCAGACAAAACACGCCUCCUUUACUUUACUCAUAAUCUUUACUAAAAACUGCUGUAUGGAUGGGAAAAUAACAGUUUUAACAUUGUGCUUGAAGCAUUGUUGAUUCAACUGAAAAUAUAUAUUUAAACAGUUAUUACUCUUCCCUGCAUUAAAAUACAGAAAACAGUAAAAGGGCUUUUCAUUGUUUUAGCUUUGAUACAUACACAGUURCAAGGAGAACUUGUUUUACAAUCAGCCUACCUUGUAAAUUUUCUUGAGUAAUUAUUUUGUGUUAAAUCGUUUCUUUUCUGAUGCUAUGUUUUAAUGCACUUAAUAAACUGAUUUUGAAAAACUUA